AUGCCACGUUCUUCUCGUACGGGUCAAUUGCAAUACGAUCCUGAGAUUGAGAAGACUGCUAAAAAGUUAAAGAAGGAGACUAGAUUGCGUAAAAACAAAGUGGUUUCUUCAACAUUUGUUCAAUCAACUACCACAACUGAAUCAAUUGCAUCUUGUUGUGAUUCCAAAAAAGAGCAAACAAUGGCCGAAGAACGAGCCGUAGCUGAAGAACAAAGAACUUUAAGGGAGCUUUCUGCACCAAAUCUAAAUCAACAACCCCUUUGUAUUCAACAUCCUGCCUUAGAGGUUGGUUUUGAAUUAAGGUCAGGUUUGAUUCAACUACUCCCAACAUUUCGUGGUCUUGAAAAUGAAGAUCCGCAUAAGCACCUAAAGGAGUUCCACGUGGUGUGUUCGAGCUUCAAACCGCAAAGAGUGACAGAAGAUCAAAUCAAAUUACGUGCUUUCCCAUUCUCAUUAGCCGAUAGAGCAAAGGAUUGGUUAUUUUACCUUCCUUCAGGCUCAAUAAACACUUGGGAUGAAAUGGUAAGAUUAUUUCUUGAAAAGUUUUUCCCAGCAUCACGAGCUGCCAGCAUUAGAAGGGAAAUAUGUGGCAUCAAGCAAAGAGACACAGAGACUCUUCACGAGUACUGGGAACGUUUCAAGCAACUGUGUGCAAGUUGCCCUCAACAUGGAGUUUCUGAACAGCUUCUAAUUCAAUACUUUUAUGAGGGAUUGCUUCCCAUGGAAAGAAAGAUGAUGGAUGCAGCUAGUGGAGGUGCUAUAGUGAACAAAACCCCUCGUGAAGCUAGAGAUUUGAUAUCUAUAAUGGCUGCCAAUUCACAACAAUUUGGAUGUAGACAGGACACAGCUUCUAGAAGAGUGAAUGAGUUAGCUCUAGGAGGUAUGCAUCAGGUAAAAGCUUGUGGGAUAUGUGCCGCUACUGGACACCAAACAGACAUGUGUCCGACACUUCAAUAUGAUUAUUGUGAGCAAGCUAAUGCAAUUGGAGGUUUUCCAGGCCAACCACAACGAAAUUAUGAUCCCUAUUCAAAUACAUACAACCCAGGAUGGAGGGAUCAUCCAAAUUUCAGCUACACGCCACGUCCACAGUUUCCACAGUUUCAGCAUAGACAACCUAUUCAACAACAACCUGCAUCUUCACAACAACCAUCUUCUAAUUCAAGUAUGUCAUUGGAGGAUAUUGUUAAGUCACUUGCUAUUAACACACAACAAUUUCAGCAACAAACACAACAAUUUUAG